CCGUGUCAAAAAUUCACUUUUUAUUUUUAUUAAGCAUUUUUUAAAUGUAAUUGAUAUUUUGACUGACUGUGAUGUCCGAUACACUAAAGAACUCGACUAUUCUGAUGAAAUAGUAAGAUAA